AUUUAAGCCACGCAAUUUUUAUUGACAAUAAUAUCUAAAAAAUAGAUAAUUAGGUAUUAUAAAAAUAUUCAUAAGUCAACUCUAAAUUAUCUAAAAGCUUGUUGGCAUAAAGAAAUGAGCUAGCUACAGUCAGCAUUUUUGAUUGACAAAGAAUAUACAGGUCCUCUGCAAGUAGAAGGAUAUGUGAGAAAGCAAUCAAAACAGCCUGAUUAAAUUGAUAAGUCGAUAUAUUUUAAAAUUGAUCUCGAGAAUAAAUAAAUUGAACGUGCUCCUUCAAAGUUAGAUUUUAACAAAUAUCAUAAAAUUGUUUUAUUUUCCGAGAUUCUAUAAAUUCAUUCAGCUACUUAGGAAAACUAGAAAUCAUGGGGUUAUUAUAUUACUUUUGAGUAUAAAACAAAAAUGAAAAGACAGUUAACUUUAAUAUUGGAAACAGCUCAAUUAUAUUAGCUAUUUACCUUUGCUCUUUCUUCUAUUUACGAUUCAGCAAGGAAAGAGCAUUUAUUAAUCAAUUAAUAGUAAAAGUAAAUACCAUCUAAUUAAAAUGAAUAUUUAAGUUAAUAAAAUAUCUCAUUUACUACCUCUGAUCCUGCAAAGCUAACAAUAAAAAGAAGAGUAGAUAUUUAUAAAAAAAGAAAUUAAUCUGCUUCAUCUACUAGGCAAAAUAAUUAAAUUUUGAAUAAAACUUGCAAUUUAGAUGAAGAACCUGGUAAGAGAUAAAUGAUAGAUAAUCCUUACUCCCAAGAAAUAUCCAAAAAAUCCUCUGAAAAUUCUAAAAAGUCUUAAGAAAUAGUAUUGGACUAAUAUCAAAAUCACUUUUUUGGAAGAUGUGUAAACAGGGUUAUCAAAACAGUUAUUAAUCCAGAAGUAUCUAAAGUGUUAUAAGAAAAUUAAGAAAAUAAAAAUGUAAUAAAGCCUAAAAAUGAUAAGAGUAUUGUCGAAACUAAUGGCUAAAAUGCUAACAAAAACUCUUAAACUGAAGUAGCUAGAAAGAAUUUUAGGUAUAGCAAUUAAAAUUAUGGAAAUGAUGACUAGCAAAGUCAAAAAAAUUACAAUCAAAAUGUCUCUUAAACAGUUCCACAAACUAGUAUUCAUACAAAAAGACCUUCGAUAGUUACAGAGAGAGAUCAAGGCAAUUAAAAUUAAUAUAAUAGUAUUGCAACACCACACAAUCAAACUAUAUCGACUAUCACACCUAGACAUAGCAGUAUAAGUGCACGUUCCAGAAAAUAUAAAAGAUAGAAAAAUAUAAGCUUUGAUUCUGGGAAUCCUUCUUAAACAUUAAAUUUCUAUGCUGAAAGUAACAAGAAAGGAAAUAUUGUAGAUAAUUAAAUUGAUAAGUUAAAUAAAACAACUCUAACUUGCAAUUAUUAUGAGCCUAAUAUAUAUAUUAAAAAGCAAGAAUAUGAGAUUUAAAAUAAUUCAUAAUUCGAAUAAAUUUAAAGUAAAGAUCAAGACUUUUAUCCUUCUUUUGCAAAAAACUACAGUAAAAACCAAAGAGUUACAACUAUGAAUGAAAAAGAUUAAUCAGAAUGGAGUUUAGCUUCUAUUAAAUCUCCUAAAAUAAAGCCAGAUGAUAACAAAAAAGAGAGCACCACUUAAUUUUUUCCUCCAGAGCAGAAAAAAAUAAAAAUAAUUCGAAAAAGAAGUUCUAAACUCUCGAAUACUAUAGAAGACGAGAUUGAGACUGAAUAGUAAAAUUAAUUAACAGCUCUGUCAAACCAGAAUAGUUCAUCUUUGAAAUCUAAUCAUUUACUUUCAAAUCUAUCGAAUUUUAAAUUAAAAACUGAAAAUAAUAAAGAGUAAAACUAAGAAUAUAUUUAGGAUUAUAAAGAAGAAGCAAAUACUAAAAAUAAAAAUGUAAAUUAGCAAGAAUAAUCAAAUAUUAUACUAGAAGAAUAGUUAGAAACUAAAAUUGAUACAUAAAAAAACUAGUUAAGCAAAUAAGAUACUUUUAAUGCACAUAAAGAGUAGUAAAAAUAAAAUAAUAAUAAAUUAUAAUAGGAAAAUAUUUAACAAAUGUAACACUCAUCUUUACUUCGUCCAAAUAGCUCUUAGAAUAGUAAUCAAAACUCAUGCUCUCCAAAAAAAUAUGGGAAUAUUCCAAAACCUUAAAGUGGAUAAAAGUCGGUGUAAAAAAAUGUUGAGUUGCUAAAAUGUAAUAAUAUUAAUGAUUAAGAUACAUAAAUGAAAGAGUAAAAGCCUUAAAUUAAUGCUUAUUUUAAGUAAUUAUACGAUUUCAACUUAAAUAAAGAAAUGCAAGAUGAUGAUUUGAAUGAAAUUGAAAAUAUUGAUAUAGAUUCAUAUAAGAUAAUAUUGCAAAAAGAACCUAAAAAUAUUGAAGAUGAUAAUCUAUUCAUGAGCAAAAUAAGUAAAGAUUCUAAAAAUAUUGAGAUGAAUACUGAUCAAGAAAUUAAAAAGUUAGAUAUAGAUGUGGAAAAUAAUAAAAUUUUAAUUUAAGAUAAGCCUAAAUCUCUUUCUCCAUUAAAAAAUAAAACAAAUAAAAUUUAAUAAUAAAUAAUUAAUCCGAAAUAAGAAAUAUCAUCAUAUUAAUUUAAUUAAUAAAUUAAUGAUAAUUCGUUUCCCCAAAAUAAAAACCUGUCAAACAAUUAAAAAAGCUAAUUUACAAAAGUUUUAGAAUAAAAUUAAAUUGAAAAUUCCCCUAAAAACUAACACUUGAAAAAAAAUUCUAACAAAUAAGACUCAAAUGAAAAAAAUACAAAAAAUAUAGAAAAUUAAAAUUAACAAGAACUUAUCCCAAUAAAAUAAUAAAUUUAAUAACAGGUUCAAGAUAAAUUUAUAGAUCAUAAUACAUAAAAAUUACAAUAAAAUAAAGCAUAUAUUAAAGAGACUGAAUAAAAUGCACCAACAAUCGAAUAUCAUGAUUUUGAUAAUUCUUUUGAUAAGGAUGAUGUUGAAAUUGAAAUAUUUUCUUAAAUCAAAAAAGUUGAUGAAAUUAUCAAAAUUAUUGAAGAAAAAACUUCCUCAGUUUUGCAAAAUAAUAAAGAGCCUGAAUAAGAAAAAUGCAGCCUUCAAUAAUUAUAAAAUAAAUCAGAUGAAAUUAAUUAAAUAGACAACAUUGAUGAUAUAGAAAAUUAAUUACAAUAAAACAAUAGUUAACAGUAUACAGAAUAAGACUAACCGAUUGAAAGUAACAGAAGUGGUACAUAAACAAAAAAUAAUGAUUAAAAUUAUGAUUGGAAUUGUAUGAAAGAUCCUAACUACAAACCUACUACAAGUCCUCUUAAAGAAAGAUUAUACAUGGUAGAAGAAGAAACAUCCUAAUAAAAUCAUAAUCAGAAAACUAACGAAAAUGAUAACAAGUAAAGCGAGUUAAUGAUAGUUAUGGUUAACAAAAACUAAAAUAUUCACCAUAAGAAAAAAGAAAAACCUAUUUUAAGGCAAAGAGAUGUAUUUUCUGAUGAAUUUUGGAAUCCAGUCACUAAUCCAAGGAAUUACAAAGUGACAAACUAACCUCCAAAUCUAAAUGAGACUAAAUAAAAUAAUAAAUAAGUUUUAGUUCCUGUAAAAGUAACCUGCUAAAAUGAUGACUUGGAUCCAAAAGAUGGUGAUAAAUAAUAAAAAUAAUAAGCAUAAAAAAAUGACAAUAAAGUAAUAAAUGAUCAAUAUAAAAACGAAAAUAAAAAUAUUUAAAAUUAAAGUUAAAACAUUUCUUACUAAAAUACAAAUCUUUUUGAUGAGGUGAAAGAUUUUUUCAAAAUUUAAGUUAGAGGAAAUAUGUAAAAAUAAUAAUAGCUACAGCAAUAGCAGCAGCAGCACUUUGAUAAUAACAGUCAGAAUUAAAAAGAUGUAAAAGCAAAUAAUAAUUAAAUUUAAAUAUAAAAUAAUUAUGAUGAUUGGGAUGAUUAUUAUUGA